CCAAGAAGGCCCCAAGGACGGCCACGGAGAGGCCCACGACGGCCCGAGAGGGCGCCGAGAGGCUCCCAGGACAGCCCAAGAGUGGCAUAGGAGGCCCUCCGUAGCCAUUUUGGCUCAAGCCAUUCUGGCUCAAGACUCGAGCAGGCCACCCUGCCAGCCAGCAUCGCUCGACCCUCUCGUUGUUAGUAGACCUCAUCGAUCUCUGCGCAAGCGACGAGCAUGAUGAAGGCGUGGGCGGUCACCAAUUACGGCGAUGCCUCGGCGCUCUUGACAGCGAUGGACGUGGAGAAGCCGCAGCCAGGGGCCGGGGAGGUCCUGGUCAAGAACAUGGCCAUCGCAACCAACCCCAUCGAUUACAAGGUGAUCGCCGGCGCCCUGGCACCAGGCGAGGAGGCGCCCCCCCAGCGCCUCAUCGUGGGCUGGGACAGUGCGGGGGUGGUCGAGGCUGUCGGGGAGGGAGUGACAGACUUCCAGGCCGGUGACAAGGUCUGGUUCGCAGGUGACAUCACCAAGGACGGAUGCUACUCGCAGUACACCAAGAUCGACUCACGACUCAUCAGCAAGAUGCCCAGUACGCUCUCCUUCGAGGACGCUGCUGCCUUGCCGCUGACCUUCCAGACAGCGUGGGAGGGCAUGGUGGAGCUGAUGGGCGUCCAGAAGGGCAAGUCGAUCUUCGUCUUGAAUGGCGCUGGCGGGCUCGGGUCGAUCGUCAUCCAGGUCGCUAAGCACCUCGGGCUCACAGUGAUUGCCUCCGCAUCGCGCGCGGAGACCAUCGAGUUUUGCAAGCAGAUGGGCGCGGACCACGUGGUCAACCACCGCAACGAGGACCUCGGCGCUGAGCUCAAGCAGGUCGGCUUCGACUGCGUGGACUAUAUCUAUAACGCCCACGAGAACGAUCGCCUCGGGGAGCUCUUCAAGCUGCUGGUGUGCGACGGGAGGCUUGUGGUCACCUACGGCCCUACGCAAGAGCAGAUGGCGAAGGUGGACUGGACCACCGUGUGGCUGAAGAGGCAGACGCUGUGCUUCCAGAUGAUGUUCGCGCGGCCCAUGUUCAAUACCGAGCCCGCGAUGGUGGGUGGCGUGAUGGCAACCAUGGCAAAGCUCGUGGACCAGGGCAGCAUCAAGACGACUGUCACGAAGAAGUACGGGGGCAUGGAGCAUAUCAAUGAUGCCACCAAGCUUCAGAUGUCUGGCAAAAGCAUCGGCAAGAUCUGCCUCACCAUGACGCACUGAGGCUGUGCUGCGUUGUAUCGCAGUGCCAGUGUCGGCACUCCAUUCUGAACAGUUCCUUCGCUGCUUGGCAUUGGUGCGCAUUGCCUUUUAUGGAUGUGCCACUGUCUGUGAUCGAGCUCUGUUCGGCCUUACGCUUCGGUGUGCCUCAUAGUUUCCAUUGCUUUGCCUGAUAUAAUCGGCACCUUUUCGAGCGCCGUUCAGCCCUGCAGCUAGAAUGCGCUCAGAACACGGUCCCCGCGCACGCCCAUGGAGUGUUCAUAUCCCAACCGUGCGCGGACAAACAUUAGCCUGGCGACAG